AUGCACUUGCUGCAGCAGCACCAGCAACAACAACAGCAACAACAACAGCAACAACAACAGCAACAACAACAGCAACAACAACAGCAACAACAACAGCAACAACAACAGCAACCAGCAGCUUUGACAUUCAUCAGAGAAUUCCCAAGCACUUGGGGACCACACAAAGCGGGCGCGCAGAGACUUGGUUCCAGAGAUCGCUACGUGGCGACGCUGGUGGAGGUGGACGUGGAUGUGGAUGUGGAUGUGGAGGUGGAGGGGGAACGGCAGCAGCAGCAGCAGCAGCAGCAGAAGCGGGAGCAGCAGCAGAAAAGGAGACAAGUUAACGUAGCAACAACUGCAACUGCAGCUUCUUACUGUAGAAAUCGUGACUUUGGCUCGCCGAUCCGAUAA